CAACAAACCGCCAUGUCCCUCAAGCAGCUGCCCAAGGCCGUCAAGGAGCUCCGCCUGCACCUGUGCCAGACCUCGCCAGCGUCGGCCGGCGUGAGGCAAUGGAUCUCGGCGUCCUACCCCGCCCUCAAGGCGUCCAACCCCGACGUCAAGGUGCUCAUCCGCGAGGCGCAGGGCGUGUCCCCUCGCGCGUUUGUCCGCUUUGAGCGCGGAGUCGAGUCGCAGACCGGCCUCGACAACUUCUCGGCCAACGACGUCAACGCCGCGCUGGCCAAGCUUGCCGGCCAGUAGAGAAAUAUGCACGCAUGGUUAGG